CGACUUGAAAAAAAUAGAAUUGGAUGCCUCCUCAAUGUGGUGGUAAAGUCAGUAUCCGCGUAUCAUGCGCCGGCGUGCGCGUCAACCAACGGCGUGCGUUGCCAACAGACGGCGGUCGGGUGUUCUUCAGUGAGUCGCAGUACUCUUCUUCCCCAUUUCUCGUGCGUGUGACCUUCGACAGUGUUUCCUUCAUACAUCGCGGGACACACGUUGUGGAGCGGCGCUUCACGUUCCCGGAUCGCAUUUUGCAUGCCGUGCUAGCGGAGUUCUCUUCACAAGUCUUAAAUACCACAAUACCUCAAACCAGUGUGUCUACACAGGGAAGGAGAGCGCGGAAAGCACCGUUAAAGCCUCGUUUGCAGCCUCAUUUAUGCGUUCUGGUGCGCUCCGACUGCUUAAACGUCUACACUGCAGCCGGAGAAGUGUUCGAGGUGGCACUACCCUUCCAAGCCAACAGGCUGCUCCCAAUGGAGGGACGAGGAUUGCUAUUGCAGCGUAGUCCAGCGAUCCCAAUUCCUUCGUCGUCUUCGAAACGACCCAGAGACGCUGCAGCAGUAGCUCUUGCCCGCAAGAACCGACGCGCGAGCACUAGCAACAGAGGAGAUGGGGGACGAUACAAGUACAGCACUGGAGACAAGAACGCACCGGCAAGACCGAGGUAUUUUACGCUUAGACAUCCGCUGGACGAGGUCAAACCUGUGGCCUUAAGCGGCGAAAAGUUUCUUUCGGACUCGGCGUUGGAAGCUGUGGAUGUGCUGGAGGAUAGAGUAUCGCCUAUCCUGGUGGCUUUUCAUCGCUGGGAGCAGAGAUUUUGUGUCUUUCGGAUGAAUGUGGUGCAGAAAUCGAUGAGCAGCCUGAUGCCAGAGGUUAAAGUAGUGGACGGACCGACAUGGACGAGAUAUAGAACUAGGAGCGACUUGGAGAAGUUGCGCGUGGGGAUUGAACCGGAUUGGACUGCAGCAAUGCUUUGGAAAACGCCGCGUGUUGGGCCAGCGACUUCCAAGCCGAUGUUUUUGUCGCCUAUUGUUUCGUCUACUUCUCGCUUGACUGCUUCACCUGUUACACCAACGCCGUUAGCGACCAUCACGCCGUCAACAUCAUCGGGAAUCAUUUCCAAGCUAACGUUUAUCGCAUCAGGUGCCGACAGACUUCCGUUGCUGUGUAUAAUGGACAAAGAUGCUGGUACUCUUCUGAUGAAACCCAUUUCACAGCAACAAAGCGUUACUCCAGUGCCUGACCAAGGUGGCAAUGAAAGUGAUAACGUUCAUAUCAUGUACUGUCGUGACGCGGCUCCAGUCCGGCACGUAAAAUCGUGUGAAGUUGGUGAAAAGCAACAUGUUGACAGCCCCACAGACAUUGUGGUGCUGGAAAAAGAUGGCUCGCUUGUGCUGUAUAGAGCGCAAACUCUAAUUUGCCGCUUGGCUCUUCCUGAUGUGGAACAGAACGGCUUGGUUGCCAACGUGCAGUUAAACUCUGUUGACAAGGGCGACGCCUAUGAAAUCGUGUACCCAGAUCUGUGUGGUAGCUGCAGUGGGAAGAUCUGGCGAUGCGAACAUCCGUUAAAGAUCGUGAGCUCUCCGCUGUUACAGCAAGUGUUUGAUGUGCUGGACUACGUUGUUCCCUCGACGGAGCUAGAUGUGUUUAAGGCACACGUGAUUUGCAGGGCACAGCAAAAAGCUCGAGACUUUGCACGAGAUGACGACUUAGUGGAUGGUGGGCUGGAAUGGCAGGCCUUCUGUGAGAGUAUCGCUGGUAUGUUGCCGGAGCAAACAGAUGAUAAAGAUGAAGUGCUGUCAUCAUCGUCAUCGUUUGAUUUGCUUUGCCAGAGUGAAUAUCACGACAUGUAUCAGUAUGAACAUGCGAUGCUCUUUGCCACAAUGGAGCUCCCCGCCACGAAUAGUCCACUUCACCGCACUAGAGCGAUUUGUCGCGUGUACGAGUUGAUCUCUUCAAGCUCAAAAGAAGUGUCUUCGAUGCAGGCAAAUGCUUUCAAGUUGAUCGCGUACCUCACACAAGACCCCCUUGGUAGCACGUUGUCAUUAGACGAUCUCCCUGUUGGAAUGAGCUUUCCUAUCAUCCAAGCGAUCCGUCAUGUGAAGCACCACCCGCCUCCUUCCAUUACCGAAGACAUUUGCGCCUUCGUGGGACGUGAAGACCUCAGUAUUGCAAGCGCAGAAAGCCUGACCGACCAUUUCGAUUAUCCUAAAAACCAGCAACAGCAUGAUCUUGCAAGUAAAGGCAGCGACUCGAACACUCAAGCUGAGGAGGAGUACCGCGAUGACUGUGACGGCCUUGAAGACAUUAUAAGUCGCAGCCAGCCGCUUUUCCCAGCUGAUCAGAGGAUGAAGGAGGUCGCACGAUUACUGCGAUCAAGUCGCCCUCUGUGUUUGAAGCUAGAGAAGACGCCAGAUCUGUCCGAUCUCGACUACGCGCAGCAGCAGCAAGCUCGCUUGUUGCUGCUGUGCAAACGGUCGAUGGCGCUAUCCGUUGCUCGCGGCAUGGUCACGCUUGGCAGUUUUGACGUCUCCACAGCACAAUCGCAGAUCUGGCGCCUGCAGAUUCCUGCGCUGCCUCUUCAAGGUCGGAAGCCACCAGCAAACGCAAUUGUGGAGCUUGAUCUGUCGGGAUAUGCCAAGGAACUGACGUAUUGGCCUCAAUUCCACAACGGCUGUGCUACUGGACUACAACUUCCGGCACACGAUCUCUCGGGCGUUAUUAAUCGUCACUGGAUCAAGUAUCAUCGCCCGUCAGUGAAUGAUACGCAGCGAACGUCAAUUGGGACUCGGCAGGCUGCAGCGACCCCGUCAGCGGAUACUACUGGUCGCAAUGUGGAAGAGGCGUAUGCAGCGCAUGCAGGACUAUUGCUGGGCAUCGGCCUACGCGGUCACCUCAAGUGUUUGUCCAUGGCUGAUGUCUACAACUAUUUGUCGCUGUCAAAUGAGUUCGUGACUGUAGCUAUCAUGCUCGGCAUGGCCAGCACGGCUGCACACUGUCGACACAAGCGAAAGCAGCAAGCUACACCAACGAAGUCAGACGCUGGCGACGAUGAGAGCCACGCCCCACUAGGAGCUGAUCAAGCCGAAGAAAUGGCACCACUUGAAGCGGACCAGUUCUUCUCUGAUUUCUCUGAGCUUUCCUCAUCCGAUCAAACUCCUCUUCUUGGAACAGGCUUAGAGUUGGCGCUCGAGCGAUCAGUAUCCAAGAUGUUGUGUCUUCAUGUGCCGUCGUUGCUUCCUCCCCCCUUCGGAGGAUUUUCGGUACCUGCAUCUACUCAGACGGCAGCUCUACUGGGACUUGGGAUCUUGUACCAAGGCACCGGUUAUCGUCUGAUGACUGAGCUUCUGCUCACCGAGAUAGCGCGCUCUCCGUCGAGUGCUCAAUUUGUGGGUAGCAACAGCAAUUCAGGACUAUCGACAGCUUCGUUUGAUCAACUAGAGGGUUACGCUUUAGCAGCAGGAAUGGCACUGGGUCUUGUUGUCCUUGGACGAGGUCAGACCACUUCAGGAGACCCUGGACUUGCCGAUCUCAAGCUAGAGGAAAAGCUUCACAAGUAUAUUGUCGGUGGUGCACAACAGUAUCGGGACGCAAACGCAGCUGGAAGCUGUCUGUAUCGUGGUCGUCGUUGGCAUUCGUUUGGUAAUGUCAAUGGCUUCAACUCCGCGGUUAACGGCAGUAACACGGCGAACGGUGCGCCCAAUAACACGGGAGCUUCUCCAGGCGCUGGUCGUAAUACUAAACCGUCAAGUGAUCGCAGUGGAGCGCGUAGUGGCGGCGAGCAUGUCAACAUCGGGGUAACUGCCUGUGCAAGCGCUCUGGCGUUGGCCUUCAUGUACAUGCAGACGGACAACAAGGCGGUGGCAGCUCAACUGGCGGUUCCUGACACUCUUAUCCUUCUGGACUACGUUCGCCCCGACAUCCUUUUAGUACGCACGUUGGCAAAAAAUCUAGUAAUGUGGAAUGAUAUCUCGCCGACAACCGAAUGGAUCGAGCAGCAUGAGGUCCCAACGCAGCUUCUCCAAGUGUACGAGUCUAUCCAGACACGUCGUGGUGAUGGAAGAGGAAAUUUGAGUGGAUCUCCAGCACACUCUGACCUCCACUCCAUUUGCGAGGCCUAUGCGAACAUCAUUACUGGAGCGUGCAUGAGUAUUGGACUACGAUUCGCUGGUACAGGGAACUCGACAGCUCGAUCUACACUACGCAAGUAUGUUCUUCACUUCCGUGAGCUGAGAUCAAAGGCUUCAUCGUCGUCUUCGAUGAUUCUACGAGGAAGUAGCAGCGUCGUUGCUGCUGCGACAGAGCGUGCAACUGUUGAACGGUGCUUAGCGGUGUGUGCACAAGCACUCGCAUUGAUUGACGCUGGAACGGGUAAUGUUGAGUCGCUGACUCUGCUACGGUCGAUAACACUGCGGCAACGUGUGGACGCAGCAAUGACUUAUGGCAACCACAUGGCGUUGAGUAUGGCGAUUGGAUUGCUCUUCCUCGGUGGUGGACGUGCCACUGUAUCACGAUCGAAAGAGGCGAUUGCAGCGCUUGUGAUCUCACUGUAUCCGAUGCCGCCCAUGAAUACGGCUGACAACAAGUAUCAUCUGCAGGCUUUCCGUCAUCUUUACGUGCUGGCAAUUGAUACGUCGAGAUUAUUGGAGACCGUAGAUGUGAAUACUAGAAGAACUUGUGCAGUUCAGGUCCGAGUCGACCUCCGACCUACUGGAGAUGGAUCUGACACGCAGCCAUUGUACCACGUGCUUCAAAGCCCUUGCCUUCUUCCGGAUAUCGCAACGAUUGAGCGUCUUGUCAUCUCUGAUCCUGGAUUUUACCCGAUUGAUAUUCUUACGUCGCAGUCUGAUGGACGGAUGUCGUUGGAGACUGGCAGAAUGAGAACAGCUAAUUCGCUACGACUGGAACUCUUGCGAGGGAAGAACGUGGUUUUUCUAAAGCGUAGAUGUCGAAAAGACUUGGGAGUCUUUGCAGAUUUUGCGGAGGAAUUGGAGCAACAACAUGGCUUGCGCGCAGAUGACGACAGUGGCGACACUCGACUAAGGAAGCUUUUUCGUGCCUUCUUCACGUCGAGGAUUAACGGUGACGAUGACGACUGCGACGAUGUUGAGGACGACGAAGAUGUGGCAGAUUGGGGCAGUAGCUGGUGGGCAGCGCAGCUGAGCUCACGGGCGCUGGAGCAAGUUCAAGACGAGGAACAAUUGCUCAUGCCAACGUAUCUCAAUGCGUUGCAUGCGCUCUUCCGGCUGCAGCAAGUUCCGCAACUGGCAAGUGUUAUGGAAGUCGUGGACUUAAAGUUGCUCAGUGAAUACUGCCGUCUGCCAGUAGGAUCUUCGCUGUCUGGAUUUGGUGUAUGGCUCUCGAACCAAACUGAAGAAGCUCUUAGUGCACUCUGGCAUCGAACGUCGUUGGAUAUUUCUUCUCUCGCUUCAGCUCGAGUUCAACUACUGGUGGAAUCCUCGCCGUCGAUAAAGCCAACGAAACAAGGCAGAGCUGUGCUGGAUGCGCUCUUCGUUAGUGUGCUGGUGCGGUACUUCGGUGGUCCUUCAGCGUCCUCCGUAUUGGUUCAGAGAAUUGCUGAUAAAGACUGGAGAACUAAAUUCCAACGCGUUCUGGCCGCUUGUUCACGAGCUCAGCAUCAGUCGACGUCACCGGCACGAUUUAAACUAUCUGCCUUUCUGGACCAAGACGAGCUCACAGAAGCGGAGAAGACCUUCUGGCUUAAGUUGGUAUCGUUCUUCCUCUUCUCAAACUAA